AUGCGGCGAGCAAACUCUCGGCAGGUUGGCUUUAUAUGCCAUUCUUGUGCGUCAUUGCCGGCGCAGGCAUCAAGACAGCCCUUCCCUAGCCGGAUACUAUCAUCGGCUCCCCGCCAGAUUGCUCAGGGCUCAGUCUGGAGAUCAACACCGGCCAGAUGGGCCACCUCUGUCUCAGCCUCAAGGGCAGAUGCCGAAGCGGACGCAGAAGCAAAUGAAAAGGCCCUGCCAGCCUCAACGCCGCGGCCACUGACAGAUGCAUCGCAAUUGGCCAACGUAGCGGAGGAUAGCUGUAGCAAGUUCCUCUCGGUCGACGGCAUCCCGGCGAAACAGCUGACUGCGGCUGCACUGCAGUCGUGUCUACGGGCCGCGUCGGCGCUCCAUCCCCAACUGAAGCGGGCAGAGGCGCAGUUCAAGGCUUCGGCCUCGAAGUUGGUGUCUCUGGGAGCUGAGCGGACGGGUGCGAGAGUCCCCAUAGAUGCCAAGUUGGUAGAUGCAACCAGCCGGAUCUCUCACGCGGCAUAUACCAUCAUCUCGAACCCGAAUGUCGAGAUGACGCCGGAGUUCCUAGAGCUCUACGUCGCCAUUCAAUCACAGCUCGGCCAGCCAGAGUCAUUGCCCGCCGUCUUUGAACUCUACGCAACGAAGCCCAAGCCCGUCGUCAAAAACGGUCAGAUUGCGUAUCUGAAGCAAAACCCCAAUGCGGCUUCUCGAGCUAUAGAGCCCGCCGUUGCCGAUAUGGCUUUACAGGCUGCAAUCGAUGCCAAGAAUCUGGAUUCAGCCCUCGGCAUCAUCGAGGCUUCAUAUUCUCUCCCGGCUUUCAAGCGUCAGAAGCUGAUCAAGCACGGUACCGCCCCCGCCUUCGGUCUCGCCACCCUCCCAUUUGGCAUCUUUGGACUAUCAACAGCCUACGCUUCGUAUUGGCAAAACACCAUGGACAUAAGCACUGCUACGGGAAUUGGUGUGGCCGGCAUCUCGGGAUACUUUCUCGUGAUUGGAUCUUUGGGCAUGAUUGCCAAGCUGAGCCACAAGGACCAGAUGAAGCGAGUGACCUGGACCCCCGGAACUCCGCUACGGUAUCGAUGGCUGAGAGAGGAGGAGAGAGCGGCUCUAGACAAGGUGGCAUGUGCAUGGGGCUUCAAGGAGCCCUGGAGACACGGAGAGGAAAUGGGCCCAGAGUGGGAAGGGCUCAAGGAGUAUAUGGGAUACCGACAGAUGCUGCUUGACCGAGUCGAGUUCAUGGAGGGUAUGAGUUGA